GGCGCUUUUAUUCACGAACGAAUUUUACUGAAUUCUAUGUUAUCUGUUAAGUUUGAUUUCAAAAUUUUAUGCAAUGACUUCUAUUAUUUGAAACAGGGUAUCUUUUCUUCUAAGUGAAUUAAAUUUAAAUAUUUACCAAAAUCUAAAAAGGUUAUUACGAAAAACAUGUCGAAUAGUACCAAGAAUUCUUUCUGUCCAGUUUGUAAUAAAGAGUUUCCAAUUGAGAGCAUUGAAAAUCAUGUUGAAAAGUGUUUAUUUUUAAACUCAGAAUGUGAAACCACUUUAAAAAGGCAAUAUCAAGAAGAUUUGCCCAAGUCACCUAUACUGUCUAAUAAAAAAAUUAAAAAUAGCUCAAUUAGAGAAGUCCAAGCUUCCACUAGUGGGACAGAUAAUAAUCCCACAACUAGCAUAAAUACUGCACAUCACGGGAAAAAAAUAUUAAAAGACAAUCAGACAUCAGUGAAACCUCUGGCCGAAAGGGUAAGACCUGAUUCAUUACAGCAUCUGAUUGGUCAGAGUCAUAUUCUAGGUGAUAGCUCAGUUUUAAAGAAUCUAGUUGAAAACUAUGAUUUCCCUAGUAUGAUACUUUGGGGUCCUCCUGGUUGUGGAAAGACUUCGCUGGCCAAUGUCAUUCAAAAAAUGUGCCAAGAGAAGAAUAACUACAGAUUUGUGAAGUUGUCAGCAACGUCAUCCGGUGUAAAUGAUAUCAAAGAACUUGUUCAAGUGUCUAAGAAUGAAUUAAAUUCAUUCAAGAGAAAGACUGUUUUAUUCAUGGAUGAAAUUCAUCGAUUUAACAAAUUGCAGCAAGAUAUAUUUUUACCAACCGUUGAGAGCGGUCUCAUAACAUUAAUAGGUGCAACGACAGAAAAUCCUUCAUUCACUUUAAAUAAUGCUCUACUUAGUCGCUGCAGGGUUUUUGUUUUUGAAAAGCUGAAAGUUGAUGACAUAUUUGCAAUAUUGGUUAAUGCUACUCCAUAUAUUGAUCUAGGAAUAAUAGAUGGAUCACACAACAUCCAAGAUAAUAAAUUUAAAUUUUUAAUUGAAAAAGAGACCAUCACAUGGCUGGCAGAAAUGUCUGAUGGAGAUGCCAGGAUUGCCUUAAAUAGUUUACAGAUGGCGGUUAGUUCUAAAAGUGUCAAAGAAGGGAAUAGUUCAUUGAUAUCAUUGGAUGAUAUCAAAAAUGGAAUUAAGCGGUCCCACUUGCUGUAUGACAGAAAAGGUGAAGAGCAUUAUAAUAUGAUAUCAGCUCUGCAUAAGUCCAUCAGGGCUUCAGAUGACAAUGCUUCUCUCUAUUGGCUGACAAGAAUGUUGGAAGGUGGAGAGGAUCCCAUGUUUAUAGCGAGGAGGUUGGUGAGGGCAGCCAGUGAAGAUGUUGGUUUGAGCGAUCCUAUGGCUCUCACAUUAGCCGUGUCAGCAAUGCAAGGGUGCCAAAUGAUAGGAAUGCCUGAAUGUGAUGUGAUCCUUGCUCAGGCUGUUGUCUAUCUUGCAAGAACUUAUAAGUCACAAGAAGUGUAUCGAGCAUUGGUGAAAAGUAAAGAUUUAAUUAAGAAUUUUAAAGGACCACAACCUACUGUUCCUCUACACUUGAGAAACGCUCCAACAAAACUAAUGAGGGAUCUUGGUUAUGCUCAAGGGUACAAUCUGUUACACCGGGAUGAAUCAAAUCUUACCUAUAUGCCUGAAGGCAUGGAGUCAAUGUCAUUUUUCAGGGAGCAGUGACUACUUUUUAAUUCAAAUAUUGUUUAAUAUGUUGUAUAUAUAUAUAGAUUAUGUAUACGUUCACAAACAUAUGUACAUGUAUGUAUUAUAUAUAUGAAACCAAAAAAUUAAAUUUUUUUUUUUCAGUAUAAUGCUGCUUUAAGAUUUAUAAGAAGUAAAUAGAUAGGAUUAUCAGAGAGUCUAAUAUUUUGCAUGUGUUACUUUGAGUAAUAGCCUUAAAUAGACAAAUAUUCAUUGUUUAUAUGUAUAAAUAAAAAUUUUAAUAAAUAAUAAUUAUAAAUUUUCUUUAA